UGUGGAGGUUUCAGGCAACUUCUUCUGACAUUCCUGACCAAAAACAAGUAACACAUUGAGUUUUAAAAACUUUAAUUUAAAGUUAUACGUUCAAAUGUGGGAUUAAGGGUGCUCGUUUACUGAAACAUGCCUGCUAGUUAAUACUGUUAGGCUGGCCUCGCUAACGUUAGCUAAGGGAACAGACCUCCUGGUUUGACAGCUAGUUUAGACCAGGUUUACACUCACUGUUAGUGCGAUGGAGAGUUCAUUGGUGAAAGACAACCCACUGCUUUUACCUCUCAACAAGGAGAAAACUAUUUAUGACGGAUUCAUUACAGUCCAGGAACGAGACUUCAGAUUGAGAAUACUACUACCACCAGAUCGUCAAGUUAAACAGGCCAGGCUGCACUGCUGCUGGCAGUUAAAACACCUGUUGCAUGGGUAUGAGCACAUAGUGAAGCAGAGGCAGCAGCAGUCGCCUGAUCUUGUCACUUUCAUUCUGGAGCUGAAGACCGUCUUGGAAGUGGGUCUGAAGAGCCGCCAUGAGUGCCGCUCCAUCCCGCCUCCACAGUAUUACGCUCAGCUCAUCUCUGAGAUGGAGACCCUUGGGUGGGGCAAGCUGCUCUUCAUAGACACGGAGUUCCGAACGUUGAGACUGAAGGCGGAGGACUCCUCCAGAAGGCAGCACAUUCUCAAUAUCAAACUCAAGUCUAAGCACCCUGUGGAGGCUCCUGAAUGCUCUGCUGACCUGCCAGUGCCUCUGGCCAUGACAUGGACACCACAGAGCACUCUGGAGCAGCUCCACAGUCAGUUCCUGCUGCUCUUGGAGUCCCUGACUGAGUUCUGGGAUGUCCUGGAUGAGAUUGACAGUAAGACGUGGAUUCUGGAGCCGGAGAAACCCAGCCGCUCCGACACCAUGAGGCGGAUCGCCAUCGGAAACAACACAUCCAUCAAGGUGGAGGUGGAUCCCAGACACCCAAAGAUGCUGCCAGAGUGCUGCCUGCUGGGAGCCGAGCAUGUGGUGACUCCGCUGAGGAACAAGCUGAACGCCAACAUGCACCUGUGGAACCCGGACUCCAGCGUCUUGCACAACCUCCGGGAUGUUUUGGAGAUCGAAUUCCCGUCACCUGCCACCCACGAAAAAUCUAGCUUCAGUGUGGAGUGUGGGAUCUGUUACUCCUAUCGUCUUGAAGAUGCGAUCCCUGAUCAGGUGUGCAAUGACCCUCGCUGCGGCCAGCCAUUUCACCAGGCCUGUCUUUACGAGUGGCUGCGAGCGCUCCCCUCCAGCAGGCAGAGCUUCAACAUUGUUUUUGGAGAGUGUCCUUACUGCAGCAAGCCUAUUACGGUGAAAAUGGCCGCCCAGAAGUCCUAAGAAGUGUGUUCCAGUGAUGAAAGACUGGUAGAUCCCUUUAAUGUUUUUCAAAAAGGUUUGAAUUCACGUUGGCAAACACCAAGAGCAGCACCCAGGAAGAAGAAGACGCCGGCGAAAAAGAACAUGGAGAACCAUCCGUUCCUGCGUGUGGGAGGAGCUUCCUGUUCAGAGUUCUGUGUGUGUUCGUACCCCUGAAUCUGAGGCGGGUAACGGUCCUUCUCCUGGAGUUUUAGAGCUGCCCACCCCUGGUUCACACACUCAUGGGUGGGCCGCCCUCCCUCCCAUCUCCCCCCCUGUGCUUCACAGUGUUUCCUCCUGUGUGAUAGGAGCUGUCGUUUCUUUCUCUCCAUUGCGGAAAAGCCGUCUGUUUUUCUGCCCGUAUAUUUCUGUUAAAGAUUAAAGUGUUGGCUUUUUA